GCUGUGGGAUAAAAGGGCUACGAUGCGUUGAGAAUUGCUUCUAUAGCUGGCGAUUGUACUUUUGCUUGCGUCUGUGAAACCGCAGGCAUUCAGAAAAUUUACGAUCGAGGUACCUCUGUGACAGUCUUCGUGUAUCAUCAAAGUCUGUUGGCAAUCUUCUGGACGGAGUUCGCCCGUUGCAAUGGCUGAAGAAAGAGGAUUGGAGACGCAGAAUCCACCACAUGUUUUUCAGUCAAGCAACGCUUCUUUGCUCCGCGAUUGUGGCACGUCCUUUCCUCAGGUAAUGGCAUCCUUUCCACAUUUAUCUCUAGGCUGGUCGAUUCCGCCAUUGUGGAGCCGACCCACUGGAACAGAAGAGGGGGAAGUCGGCGGGAUUGAUGUUGGCUGUGUGGCUGUUGAGUCUGUGAAAGAGAGAGCAAACGACUACAUCAGUGCUCUUCCAGAUGAGGUGGCAUUGCUCGUGUUGUCCAGAGUUUGUGACGCGAAGGCCUUGGUUAGGUGUAUGGCAGUCUCCAAGCGGUUUCAGCAGCUGGCACGACAAGUCGAUAGAAUCCAUGUGGCGUUUUCUCGAGUGACAGAGCUGAAGGACUUCUUGUGCAACAACGUCCGCCGGUUUCAACGGCUCCAUCAUCUGCAUGUCCGAAAAGCGUCGAAGCAUCAAAGCGAUGCGCAACCGCCGCCGCCGCCGAACAAGUCCCCUUCGUCAUGUUGCUUCUGGGCUGAGGUUGGCGCCUCCGUGGACAGACUAGUCAUUUUCAGUGGUUCUACAACUGCCAUCCCUCAGCACGUUCCGUCCUUAUCGCCCCAAUCAUGGGCCUGCAGGGCGGAUAAAAUGAUGUGGUGCAGUCGCAAGUCCUUUUCGCCUCCCAACCCUGCGAAAGGCUGCGACAGCCAUCGUCAUUCCUGCGUGGAUGACGAGACAAUAAGGCGCAUUCGCAGAAUGGUCUUGAAGGUUGCGGGCGCCGUUGCCGGAACAUGGAGUUGGUGUCAGCCGAUCGUCAAGUCCCUCCUCUCCUGUCAGCCGAAUCUCAAGAGCUUGACGCUCGAGCAGAUAACCGAGGAACAAGGUCUAAUACAUAUGGACGAGGAGCGCAUCGCGCAAUUCCGAAGUUCAUUGCUGAAAAAGACAAAAGAAGAGUUCGAUCGCGACCACAGCCUGUGCGAAGAGGACGACUACUCGGUGGAGGACUUUAACUCCUUGCUCGCGGACCUGCUGAGAGGCGUGUUACAUAUCUGGGGCCUACCAGGGUGUCACAUCACUUCAGCGUUCCCGGGACCACCCCUCGGGGGCGGGGAAGCUGCGUUUAUUGUCCUUGCAGCAACUGAGCUGGACAAGAAAAGUGGUCGCGGCAAUUCGGGAGCACCUACAAAGAUCUUUGAGGGAAUCAUUCAGAAGAUGAUGGAAAACAAGGCCGGCUGGAAUGAUUUUACUUGAUGAGAGAUGAGCUUGAAAAUCAGUCGGUGGCUGACUGCCUCGGUGGUGAUAAUGGCACCCCACCGUGGUCCGUGGUUGGGAGCCACCCGUUGAAUCAGAUGGCCACGGUCUUUCUAUUCGUGGGGGCCAGCACGCGCUUGAUGAUCUUGCUUUCCUCCUUCGAGUCCUUUCUUCUUUUUUUUUCCAUUUUCAACCGCGAGAGUUAUGUCUUGUCGAUCUUAGACAAUCAAUCGGGUUCUCUGGGACUCACUGUAGCUGAGAAAUUAGUGUGUAGUAUGUAGUAUGUACUCUUUAUGCAGCGUCUAUUGCACUGCAAACAUUGCAUUAAGAAUGUGGUGUAGGACACCUACGUCCUUGCGAAAUAGCAGGCUUUCUAUGUAAAAAAUCAGUUCCCUGAAGUACUUCCAUUUUUUAUGAGGUAGUGCAAACAUUGCAUUUAGAAUG